CGCAUCGAAUAAACCUUGCCCAAAACAAUCCCCUUCAAAAACGGGGCGAAAUUUGCGUUUUGUAACCGCAACGUCAAACCCGCGACGACAGACGAAACGCAGUGAAAAGAAAAAAGAAAGAGCCGAAAUCGGUCGUGGAGAGCGAGUGACGACGAAAGCGAAACGAAACCGGGGCGUGAAAAUUGAUUUUUCUUGCGUGCUCCGUGAAGUGUUGUCCCUGUGUGGAGAGGAAAAUCCUAGUUCGGUGUUGUUUCCGGAGGUCGGUCGGAUUAUCGACGGCAAGUGACGGUUCCGUGCGCGCUAGAGGAACCAGACGGAAAACGCGGCUACUCGAUUCAAAGGAGAGACGACGCAGCCGAGCGAAGAAGACUCCGUGGAUUUAUAGAUUUUUCGCGUAACCUGUGCCCGCACGGCAGCAGCAGAGCCAGGCCAGGGAAGAGAGACGACGACAACGAGCCAAGGGGGCAGAGCGAGAGUGUGUGGAAGUGCGUUUUGUGUUUGCCUGUGAGUGGAGUGUUUUAUCGAUCCAUUUAGGAUUUUCUGCCUAUUCUCUUCCCGACGAAUCGACGACCAUCGGAACGAACGGCAGAAAGAGUGCGGUGUGCAAAGUGUGUGUGUUUGUGUAACUAGAGGAGAUUUUCGGGAAGAAAACGCAAUCCCCCGGCGGGUGGUAGUGGAUUCGGAAGCAGCUGAAAGCGUUUAGGUCAUCAUCACUGGUAAUCCGGGACGAGAGCCAAGAUGUCGAACAAACCAGCGCAAUUGCUUGUUAUCGAGCCUGCGAACGAGCUGAAAUUCGUAGGACCAUUCUGCACAGCUGUCUCAUCCUAUAUGCGAUUGACGAACCCGACGGAGCAUGUUAUCCUGUUUAAAAUCAAAACGACUGCGCCUAAAAAGUACUGUGUGCGUCCAAACUGUGGUGUAUUAGAACCAAAGACGACGAUCGAAAUUGCAAUUAUUCUCCAGCCGUUCAUCUUCGAUGCGGCCGAAAAGAACAAACACAAAUUCAUGGUGCAGUCGAUGAUCAUGCCGGAAGGCGACGUCAGCGCCGAACAGCUGUGGAAGGAUGUCAGCCCGGACGACCUGAUGGAUUCCAAACUGCGGUGCGUGUUCGAGUUGCCGGCGGACACCACCCAGGCUGCACCGGGAGGACCUAUUACGGCCACCAGCACUACUACCAGUCAGUCAGCGAACGCUACACCGAAUAAAAACGAAUCCGGUGCCCCGGCGGCGGACGCACAGUACGGCAGCGGUGUCAGCAACGAAGAAGACAAGGAUGCGCUAAUGACGGAAGUGAAGAAACUGCGGGAAUCUGAAUGCUCUUUACGUCACGAAAAUCUAUUGCUGAAGGAAAAACUGCUCCGAAUGCGGCUAGAUAUGGAAAACAGUGCCGCCAAGGAACAGCAACAGCAAUCGUCGGUUUCCAGCGGUUUGGGGUCCGGUGGUUCGCCCUCGUCAGCAUCGGCAGCGGCGGCCGCCCAGUACCAGAACCCAUACAGCCCGCCUCAGCUGGCCAACCAGCAGCAGUUGCCGAUCGUGUACGUGGCCGUCGCCAUUGCCAUGGCUAUAUUCGGGCUUAUUCUGGGCAAGUUUGUGCUCUGAACACUGAACCCGGACACCGGCAGCGGCGGCAGUGGCAUGAGCUCUAACAACAGCGACGGCAAUGAUAAUAAGUUUAAAUAACUGAGUUCAGAAUGUAGUAGCAUAUAACAACAUAAGGCAAACCAGAAGAAACAAAAAAAACUAUUUAAAGGCAUAUAGGUUGGGAAUUGGGAAGGGAAAAACAAAGAAAACGAGAAAAUAAGGAAAUAAACUUAUAUGAGAGACAAAAAUAAGCAAGUAGGCGUAUAAUUAAUUGAACACUAAAUGGGGAACGGUUGAGUAAGCGCAAAGUGGAACCCAUUCUGCGCUUGGUCUACCAUACUUUGAGAAAUAUAGGAAACCGAUACGGCAUUCAUUGUACUACCAACAAUAAAAAUGAAACAAACACAAAGCAGUUCUCGCUGUAAAGGAGACCCUAGCAGUAAAACAAAUAAAUAAGCCCUAAAUGGUUAAAAUAAAAGAAUAAUAUACAAAAGAACAUGAAAAUCAAUGUGAAGCUGAACUAAAACUAGAAUAACUCGAACAGAAAACCAUUCGAAAAGGACAGCAGAAAAAAAAACAACUGUUAAAACAUGAAAGAAAAACUAAAUCAAACAUCGUCUGCCAGUGGCAGGUUCCAUGGAAAAAAGCAAGAUAAAAACUGAACAUUAUGAAAACGUGUUUAUCCUAAAAUUCAAACAACAAAAAACAAAAUUGCCAGAAGAAAGCAAGUUACAGGAACUGAGAGAGAAAGAGAGAGAGAGAGGGAUACCGUAAUUAGUUAUCGAGAUUUUCUCUUGUUGCUGAUUUCUAACCAUAAUGGGAUAAUGUGGUAAAACAAUUGAGUCAACCCUUUUUUCAUUUGAAAGCAAUUGUAAAUGCGAACGAAAAACAACACUCACACAUAUAAACAAACAAACAAAUACAUAAAAAACACAAACACGCGCAUACAAAGAUGCUCUCGCUUAGACGUAGUUUUAUCAAAAGGCAAAAAAAAAAACAAAGUUAAGCAAAAUACCUAUAUGGAGUUGUGGAAGUCAUCUCGCAAAAUGCACAGUCGGUAAAACGUGGAUCGAACGUGGGAAUGGAUUAUGUCGUCUUUUUCCGGCUUAAUUCCACUUAACUGUUGGGAAAGUUAUGCAGCUUUUCACGUGUUCAUGCGCAUGCUAGUUGCUAUUCAGAUAUUGCACAGGUUCCCGUACCUGUGCAGGUUUUAGCAUCACCUCGAUUUGUCCCAUAUGAUGGCGUUAUUUUUUUUUAUGUUUUCUGCUUGUGGUUUAGAAUAUAUUUACUAUCUACAAUUGUAUAUAGAAGUCUACAGAUAUGCAAUGCUGCUAUCGUCGGACCUGAGCAGGUCCUAAAGACGCCCAAUCAUAUUUGUUCAGUUGUUUUUGUAGAUUUCAGUAUUGAAGUGUCCAUUAUGGUUUAAGGAAUCGGAAAAUUGUUCAACCCUUCCGUUAACUUGUAUUCAAAUUUAAAAAAAACUAUUGUGUUGUGGUAUCGGACAUCGACAAAACGUUUGUCUUCAGCGAAAGCAUCGGAACAAGCAAGAGACGAGAAAAGAAAAGGAAACAAGUUCGUAUGCUGCGAUCGUGUCUGGCGAAGGAAUCAUAUCGGAAGUUCAGCAACCAACGGAUGACUUGGAUGAUGGUGAUAUUAUUGAACUGCUGGAAGAAGAACUGGAAGAAGAGCCUACGGAGCAAUUAGAAGCAGAUCAAUGUCAGUGUGAAGCGGUAUCUUCUUCUUCUUAAUUCUGAAUGCUCUUGGAUUACCAAAGAGCGAAAAAUGGCGCAGCGAACUAGCGCUAUAUUGCCAACGAGUUUUCGUUUAUACUCCAAUGGAGUUUACUUUCUGGCGAGCACGCCGCGAAACACGACCAAACAUGUUGGUCGCUGCAGUCGUACUGCUGAAGCGAUAUCAGAAAAGGAGAUACGCCGGAAACAAGGCUUGGAAACACUAGAAGAGGUAGCCAAAGCAAUACAGGAAGCGAUGAGGAAUCCACAGGCAAACCAACGACGUGCUGAAUACGCAAUAUCUAGUUCUGGUUCUGGAUCACGCCCCAGGAAGAAAGUUGGACGUAGAACAUUAUAUUGAAUUUCUUUGAAAAUGUAUGUAAUUAGAAUUGUAAUUUUUUCAAUACGCUGAUCGGCUCCGUAAAGUUUUUAAGUAAACAAAUGAGCCUUACAAAUAAACACUUUGAAAAAAAAAGACGACCGGUCUCUGUCGGUGUCGUUAUCGGCGGUACCCAGUGAGACGAAGUACACGAAUUCUUCAACCGCCUCAAAUUCAUCACCGUCGAUAGAAAUUCGGGGUGGCGGGCGUGCCCUUUGUGCAUUGUCUUCGACACAUUAAUGACUAAUCCGAUUCGCCUGGCUUCACUCUUUUUGGAUGUACGUUUCCGCCAUCGUCUCAAAUUUACGAGCUAUAAUAUCAAUAUCAUAAGCGAAACCAAGCAGCUGAACGACUUCGUGAAAAUCGUCCCACUCGUGUUUAUCCCCGCUCUCCUUAUUCCACCUUCUAACGCAAUGUUGAACAGCAAGCACGAAAGACCAUCACCUUGCCGUAACCCUCUGAGAGAUUCGAGAGUGUGCCUGAUACUCGAACUACGCACAUCACUGGAUUCAUCAUCGCCUUGAUUAAUCGUAUCAGUUUAUCCGGGAACCCGUAUUCGUGCAUAAAUCUGCCAUAGCUGUUCUCGAUCGAUUGUAUCAUACGCCGAUUUGAAAUAGAUGAACAAGUGAUAUGUGGGCACGUUGUAUUCGUGGCAUUUCUGUAACACCUGGCGGAUGGCGAACAUCUGGUCCGUUGUAGCGCGUUCACCCAUGAAUCCAGCCUGAUCUUGCAAUCGGUGAUAGACGGCGGCAUAAGAUUUGAGAGAGUAUCUUGUAGGCAGGGCUCAGUAGUGUGAUCGCGCGAUAGUUCCCGCAAUCCAACUAGUCGCCCUUUUUUGUAGAUGGGACACACGAUGCCGGGUUCCAUGCUGCAGCAUUACGGCCGGGGCUGUGUUAUUAAUAUAAUACUCCUCCAAAAUUUCUCUACACUACUCAUCGAAUCAUUCAUUCCGUCAAUUCCGUUCCAUGUUGGUACCGAAUGGUGCACUUGACUGCUUUUUCUGUACACCAGCUAUCAGUCCUCUAGAAUUGAGGAAACAUUGAGCUUGUCCUCGUAUAGCAAACUGUGUUGGAAAACUGUGCUGCGUAUGGUCAUGUUCUUGGAGGCUUCGAAAUCGAUGAGUCGUAUGCCGUUUUCGUUCGUCUGCUGGUGAGCGCUGAUCUAUCCAAUCGUCGAUCUGAAUUCCUUCUCCUGGCCUACCUGCGCCCAUCACGAUGAAAGCUGUUUACAGUUUGCCGUGUGUUAAAUUCUGUCCAGCACACUUCCUGCGGUGCUACAAUGGCGAACCCUUCCAAUGGCAGUCCUUCCAAUGAUUGCCGAGAAUGCGGGUGCUCCCAAUGAAGUUGAGAGAUCGUACGAGAGAUUCUACGUACCGAGCUUCCAAUCGCAUGUCCUUGGUGUUCGCUGAGAUCGUCGCCAUUGGUUUUGUUGCUGACUUCCCGGUGCAAUUAUUACGUACGGCUGGCCCGCAGCGCUGCACGGACACCAAUCAUCCGAAAUUUUGGAGGACCAUGGUGCACAGUUAAGCUCAGAGUUCUAGCAUGGGGGACAAACGCUGUUGGAGCCGCUAUCUCUGGAGAACAGACGAUCAGGCUUGCACAAGCAACUAACCAUAUUUCUAUUUUAUGAUUCUAUCUUCCAUAGGAAAAACUGCUCCGAAUGCGGCUAGAUAUGGAAAACAGUGCCGCCAAGGAACAGCAACAGCAAUCGUCGGUUUCCAGCGGUUUGGGGUCCGGUGGUUCGCCCUCGUCAGCAUCGGCAGCGGCGGCCGCCCAGUACCAGAACCCAUACAGCCCGCCUCAGCUGGCCAACCAGCAGCAGUUGCCGAUCGUGUACGUGGCCGUCGCCAUUGCCAUGGCUAUAUUCGGGCUUAUUCUGGGCAAGUUUGUGCUCUGAACACUGAACCCGGACACCGGCAGCGGCGGCAGUGGCAUGAGCUCUAACAACAGCGACGGCAAUGAUAAUAAGUUUAAAUAACUGAGUUCAGAAUGUAGUAGCAUAUAACAACAUAAGGCAAACCAGAAGAAACAAAAAAAACUAUUUAAAGGCAUAUAGGUUGGGAAUUGGGAAGGGAAAAACAAAGAAAACGAGAAAAUAAGGAAAUAAACUUAUAUGAGAGACAAAAAUAAGCAAGUAGGCGUAUAAUUAAUUGAACACUAAAUGGGGAACGGUUGAGUAAGCGCAAAGUGGAACCCAUUCUGCGCUUGGUCUACCAUACUUUGAGAAAUAUAGGAAACCGAUACGGCAUUCAUUGUACUACCAACAAUAAAAAUGAAACAAACACAAAGCAGUUCUCGCUGUAAAGGAGACCCUAGCAGUAAAACAAAUAAAUAAGCCCUAAAUGGUUAAAAUAAAAGAAUAAUAUACAAAAGAACAUGAAAAUCAAUGUGAAGCUGAACUAAAACUAGAAUAACUCGAACAGAAAACCAUUCGAAAAGGACAGCAGAAAAAAAAACAACUGUUAAAACAUGAAAGAAAAACUAAAUCAAACAUCGUCUGCCAGUGGCAGGUUCCAUGGAAAAAAGCAAGAUAAAAACUGAACAUUAUGAAAACGUGUUUAUCCUAAAAUUCAAACAACAAAAAACAAAAUUGCCAGAAGAAAGCAAGUUACAGGAACUGAGAGAGAAAGAGAGAGAGAGAGGGAUACCGUAAUUAGUUAUCGAGAUUUUCUCUUGUUGCUGAUUUCUAACCAUAAUGGGAUAAUGUGGUAAAACAAUUGAGUCAACCCUUUUUUCAUUUGAAAGCAAUUGUAAAUGCGAACGAAAAACAACACUCACACAUAUAAACAAACAAACAAAUACAUAAAAAACACAAACACGCGCAUACAAAGAUGCUCUCGCUUAGACGUAGUUUUAUCAAAAGGCAAAAAAAAAAACAAAGUUAAGCAAAAUACCUAUAUGGAGUUGUGGAAGUCAUCUCGCAAAAUGCACAGUCGGUAAAACGUGGAUCGAACGUGGGAAUGGAUUAUGUCGUCUUUUUCCGGCUUAAUUCCACUUAACUGUUGGGAAAGUUAUGCAGCUUUUCACGUGUUCAUGCGCAUGCUAGUUGCUAUUCAGAUAUUGCACAGGUUCCCGUACCUGUGCAGGUUUUAGCAUCACCUCGAUUUGUCCCAUAUGAUGGCGUUAUUUUUUUUUAUGUUUUCUGCUUGUGGUUUAGAAUAUAUUUACUAUCUACAAUUGUAUAUAGAAGUCUACAGAUAUGCAAUGCUGCUAUCGUCGGACCUGAGCAGGUCCUAAAGACGCCCAAUCAUAUUUGUUCAGUUGUUUUUGUAGAUUUCAGUAUUGAAGUGUCCAUUAUGGUUUAAGGAAUCGGAAAAUUGUUCAACCCUUCCGUUAACUUGUAUUCAAAUUUAAAAAAAACUAUUGGCAAUGGAUGGGUUAUCUAGUAACACAGCUUGGUGAACUUUUUGAAGAACAUCAGUGGAAAAUGUAGCUGAAUAGGGCAAUUCAAGGAAAAUGUUGGAUUUCUUCAAAUACGAUUUUAGAUCCAUGUUUUACCCCCCACUGUGGACAGUCAACGUGGACGUUUCCCACGGCGUAAAUUCUAAGACGAAACGUCCCCGUCUGGCACGAUUCCUCUCACCUAACAGGACACGAUACGAGUGGAAUAAGCAUAUGUGAGAGAUGAGCGACUACGACGACGAGCAAUCCGCGGAGAAUGUUUACGAUGAUGAGCAUUAUUAGGAUCGGGAAUCAUUAUUAACAACAACAACUACACUAGGAUUACCAACCAUGCCACGCUAUAUAAUAAAUUUAUUCGUUCGUUUGUGCGCCCGAGCGCACGCGCUGGCACCGGACGUGGACGCGGAAGAGAGAAGAAUACAUAAAAGUCGUGUAGUGA